AGUGUCCAUGUGACCUCAUUUCUCUCGCGAUGUUCUCUGAGACUUCCUGACCGUAGGAAACAUGGCAGACGAAUACGGACGAAAAUGGGACCGGUGCCUAGCUGAUACAGCCCUGAAAACAGUAACAGGCCUAGGUGUUGGCAUUGUGCUGUCCGUCCUUUUAUUCAAACGUCGCACGUGGCCUGUGGCAUUCGGUUCAGGCUCGGGGCUGGGGAUGGCCUACAGCAACUGCCAGCACGACUUCAGAUCACCGUAUCUGAUUCAUGGCCGCAUGGUUAAGGACCAGUGACGAAGGAGAGCAACGAUCGGGGACUCUGUCAUCUGUUUCUGUGCUGGUGUUGUUAUUCUGAUGCUCGUCUCUGGGCUGGCACGAACACCCGACGAUGCACCCGUUGUGUUAAUCAGAAGGCGAUUAAUGUAUAUUUAAUAAAGUCAUUGUUGAAAGCU